AUGUCGACUGUAUCCCCGCCCGAGAUGUCCCCCUCUCUCAUACUCUAUUUGUCUGCCAUUAUAUGCCUCUUUCUGGUCGUUCACCAAGUUCGACGCAAAAGUCCAUACAAUAUCUCCCUUCCCCCUGGCCCCAAGGGCUUUCCGGUGCUGGGUAAUCUGCUCGAUCUCGAUGGCAGUCAGCCAUGGGUCAGCUUCACUCAGUGGGCAUCGACCCGAGGGAAUGUUAUCUACUGUAAGCUACUCGGACACCAAAUUGUUGUUCUUCAAUCGCAGGAAGUCGCCAAAGCACUGUUAGAGCAGCGCUCUAGUAUUUAUUCUGACAGGCCACCAAACUCUGCCGUCAAAGCAGUCGGCUCUGAAUUCAACAGCGCCCAGUUAAGGUACUCUGACGAAUGGCGAUUACAUCGGCGAAUUUUCCAUCAGUCAUUCCGACCUGAUGCGGCAAAAGAUUACUUACCUACUCAACUUCGCAAAGUUCAUCAGCUGCUGCAGGGCAUCAUAGAAACCCCUGAGCACUACCAACGCCACAUCGAACUCUUCGCCUCAUCCGUCAUAAUGUCUGCUGUAUACGAUUACGAGGCCAAGCCGAAUGAGGACCCCCUGUUACUUGUCGCUGAAAAGGCGAUCAAGGUCUUUUUGCAGGUGGCAAGCCCACAGACAUCAGCUAUCUUGGAGACAUUUCCGUUUCUGCUAAAACUGCCUGCUUGGUUCCCUGGGGCAAGUCUUAAAAGACUCGCUAUCCAAUCGCAAAAGAACGCUACCGCCAUGACCGACGUUCCAUUCUACUAUGCACGAGAACGCGUGAUGUCCGCAACUUCGAAUCGGUGUAUGAUCUCGGAGUCUUUUAAGAUGAUAGAAAUGCACCGAAAUGCGGACGAAUUUGAGCUUGCGUUGAAGUCAACUUCUGCUACCGCAUUCAUUGCCGGAGUUGAAACGACUGCGUCAACGCUCGCUAUCUUUGUCCUUGCAAUGAUGCUCUAUCCAGAUGUACAGAAAUGUGCACAAGCGGAGAUUAAGGCAGUUAUAGGCACCCAGCGGCUUCCUACCUUUGAAGACCGAUCUUCAUUGCCAUAUGUGGAAGCAGUCUUGCGUGAGACGCUUAGAUGGCACCCAGUGUUCCCUCUUGGUUUGCCGCACUGCACUUCGAACAGCGACGUGUACAAUGGUUAUUACAUACCCAAAGGUGCAAUCGUUAUGGCAAAUCUCUGGGCCAUAUCAAAAGACGAAGCGAAGUACCCAAACCCUAAUGAAUUUAAACCAGAGAGGUUUUUCAUGCCUAAUGGACAACUGAACGACGACACUGUUGACUUUGCUUUCGGCUUUGGGCGCCGAAUAUGUGUUGGAAGGCACUUUGCUGAUGCUUCCUUAUGGAUUGCUAUAGCGUCUCUGCUAUCAACUUUCCGCUUUAUGAGACCGUUGGACGGAGAUGGCAGGGAAGUAGACCCUAUCUUCGAAUGGUCCACUGGACUUAGUUCACACCCUGUCUCUCUCCCUUGCCGUGUCAUUCCCCAAAACCCGGACAUGACUGCAGAUAAACUUGCAGACGUAAUCAACCUCACUAUAUGAAGCGAGCUACUCACGCCAGCUGUAUAAUUAUAUUUAUGUAAGCAUGACCAAAUAAUUUUGUACAUGUCAUACACGAUAAGUUCAAGUUACAAUUGACCUUGAUUUUACUGAUAGUGAGUUCGUAAC